GAGUGUCAACAUGUCGAAACCAGAUUUGGAUUCGGCUUUUUGUUGGCUGGUUGCAGCAUCUGCUGGUUCAAUACAGUUUGUUUUAUUCUCUGCAUAAAGAAUUUCCCAAGUAAUCAACCACUUGCUCUUUCUCUCACAGUCAGUUUCAAUGGCUUGAGUGCUGCCUUUUACAACCUUGCAGCAAAAUCACUUAACCCUUCAUCAACCACAUUAUAUCUUCUUCUCAACGCUUUGAUUCCACUCUUGACAUCUGUAGCGGCCCUUUUCCCGAUCCUUUUGCAACCCCCAGUGGAUGUUCUUUCGUCUGAUGCUGUUCAACGCGAUCAAUUUAUAUUCAUCACUUUAAAUUUGUGGGCUGUUGUGACCGGAUUCUACCUUCUCUUCCUCCAUUAUUUAAAUGGAGCAACAACUCGUCUCCUCUUUGCCGGUGCCAUUUUUCUACUUGUUCUCCCUUUUGGUAUCCCCAGUGUUAUCUAUGCUCGAGAUUGGUUCCAUCGCACAAUUUACUCGAGCUUCCAACUUCCAAGCUCGGGUUUUAUCCUUGUUGAUGCCGAUGAUCUUGAAUUACAUAAAGAGCUCCUGAGUCAAGAGAAUAAUGUAGACGAUAGUACAGUUCGUAUAGUAUCUAGACAAAACACGGGAACUAGUGAAGGGUGUUCCUAUGAGACUGUAAUGAAGAUGGAUUGUCUGACGGUGCUCGGGGAAGAUCAUAAGGCGCCAAUCCUCCUUCGUAGGGUUGAUUUUUGGCUGUACUAUCUUGCUUAUCUCUGUGGAGGCACAAUUGGGCUAGUGUACAGUAAUAAUCUCGGGCAGAUAGCUCAAUCACUUGGAUAUUAUUCAAUGACUUCAAGGCUCAUUACAACGUAUUCUUCGUUCUCUUUCUUCGGGCGCUUGCUUUCAGCUGCACCAGACUUCAUUCGAACGAAGCUAUACUUUGCGAGGACCGGAUGGCUAGUCAUAGCCCUUCUGCCAAUGCCAGUGGCCUAUUUCUUGCUUACCGUGAAUAGUGGGGAGGCUGCAGUUCAUGUUGGCACCGCCCUAGUAGGACUAACAUCGGGAUUUAUAUUUGCUGCUGCGGUUUCAGUAACAUCUGAGCUUUUCGGCCCCAAUAGUGUGGGUGUCAACCACAACAUUCUCAUCACAAAUAUCCCCAUCGGAUCACUUGUCUAUGGUGUUCUAUCUGCUGUUGUUUACGAUUCCCAUGCCGAGUUUGGUUUAGGCCUAAUGGGUGAUUCAUUGGUGUGUAUGGGAAGAAAAUGCUAUGGCUUGACUUUUGUGUUGUGGGGAUGCAUUUCUAUCCUGGGAUUAGCCUCAAGUUUACUGCUAUUCUUAAGAACCAGGCCUGCUUAUGACAGGUUUGAACAAAAGAAAAGAUCAACAAUAUUGUUCUAACAGGUUUGAACAAAAGAAAAGAUCAACAAUAUUG